GCAGACUGCCUGCUGUCUCCCGGGGAGAUCAUGAAACGAGGUCGCCUUCCCAGCAGCAGUGAGGAUUCUGACGACAAUGGCAGCUUGUCCACCACGUGGUCCCAGCAUUCUCGAUCCCAGCAUGGGAGGAGCACCUGCUCUAGACAUGAAGACCGAAAGCCUUCUGAGGUGUUUAGGACUGACCUGAUCACUGCCAUGAAGCUGCAUGACUCCUACCAGCUGAACCCCGAUGACUACUACGUGCUGGCGGAUCCCUGGAGACAGGAAUGGGAGAAAGGGGUCCAGGUGCCUGUGAGCCCGGGGACCAUCCCGCAGCCCGUGGCCAGGGUUGUGUCUGAAGAGAAAUCUCUCAUGUUCAUCAGGCCUAAGAAGUACAUCGCAUCAUCUGCCUCUGAGCCUCCAGAGUUGGGCUACGUUGAUAUCCGGUCGCUGGCGGACAGCGUAUGUCGCUAUGACCUCAACGAUAUGGAUGCCGCGUGGCUGGAGCUAACCAAUGAAGAGUUUAAGGAGAUGGGGAUGCCUGAGCUGGACGAGUACACCAUGGAAAGGGUCUUGGAGGAAUUUGAACAGCGAUGCUAUGACAAUAUGAAUCAUGCCAUAGAGACAGAAGAGGGCUUGGGAAUUGAAUAUGAUGAAGACGUUGUCUGUGAUGUCUGCCAGUCACCCGAUGGCGAGGAUGGUAACGAGAUGGUAUUCUGUGACAAAUGUAACAUCUGUGUGCACCAGGCUUGCUAUGGAAUCCUCAAGGUGCCAGAGGGCAGUUGGCUGUGCCGGACAUGUGCCCUGGGGGUUCAGCCAAAAUGUUUGCUAUGUCCCAAGAAGGGUGGAGCUAUGAAACCCACACGCAGCGGAACCAAGUGGGUCCACGUCAGCUGUGCCCUGUGGAUCCCUGAGGUAAGCAUUGGCAGCCCUGAGAAGAUGGAGCCCAUCACAAAGGUGUCUCACAUCCCCAGCAGUCGGUGGGCACUCGUGUGCAGCCUCUGCAAUGAGAAGUUUGGGGCUUCCAUACAGUGCUCUGUGAAGAACUGCCGGACCGCCUUCCACGUGACCUGUGCUUUUGACCGCGGCCUCGAGAUGAAGACCAUUUUGGCAGAGAAUGAUGAAGUCAAAUUCAAGUCCUAUUGCCCGAAGCACAGCUCAAACAGGAAACCCGAGGAGAACCUGGGUGAGGGGGCUGCACAGGAGAACGGGGCUCCCGAGUGUUCGCCUGGGAGCCCGCUGGAGCCCUUUGCCAGUCUGGAGCAGAAUAGAGAGGAGGCCCAUCGGGUGAGUGUUCGCAAGCAGAAGCUACAGCAGCUGGAGGAUGAGUUCUACACCUUCGUCAACCUGCUGGAUGUGGCCAGGGCCCUGCGACUGCCCGAGGAAGUAGUGGAUUUCCUGUACCAGUACUGGAAGUUGAAGAGGAAGGUCAACUUCAACAAGCCCCUCAUCACUCCAAAGAAAGAUGAAGAGGACAAUCUAGCCAAGCGGGAGCAGGAUGUCUUGUUUAGGAGGCUGCAGCUGUUCACGCACCUGCGGCAGGACCUGGAGAGGGUUCGGAACCUCACUUACAUGGUGACCCGCAGGGAAAAGAUUAAACGAUCUGUGUGCAAAGUCCAGGAACAGAUUUUCAGUCUUUACACUAAGCUCUUGGAGCAAGAAAGAGUUUCAGGUGUGCCUUCUUCCUGCUCCUCCUCACUGGAGAACAUGCUUUUAUUCAAUAGUCCUUCUGUGGGUCCCAAUGCUCCCAAGAUAGAGGACCUGAAGUGGCAUUCUGCGUUCUUCAGGAAACAAAUGGGUAGUACUUCCUUGGUCCAUUCGCUGAAAAAGUCCCAUAAGCGAGAUGCAUUGCAGAAUAGUCCUAGGAGUGAGAGCAAGACCCUGCUAAAGCAGUCAGAUCUGUGUGCUAGAAGGGAGGGGCUGGGGGUUGCAGAGAACUUUCUGAGCUUUGAAAAGACUUUUGCGGAAGCACGUCUCAUAUCAUCAGCACAACAGAAAAACGGUGUGGUGACACCAGACCAUGGGAAAAGAAGAGACAAUCGUUUUCAUUGUGAUCUCAUUAAAGGAGACUUAAAGGACAAAUCUUUUAAACAGAGUCACAAGCCUCUCAGGUCCACAGACACAUCCCAGAGGCAUCUGGACAACACAAGAGCUGCCACCUCCCCUGGAAUAGGGCAGUCAGCACCUGGCAUGAGGAAGGAGAUUGUGCCCAAGUGCAAUGGCUCCCUAGUCAAAGUGCCUAUAACACCCGCCAGCCCAGUGAAAAGCUGGGGAGGAUUCCGGAUUCCAAAGAAGGGGGAACGGCAGCAGCAAGGAGAAGCCCGUGAGGGGGCCUGCCACCAGCACUCAGACUGCCCCCACCUGGGUUUAGGCCGAGUUCCAGGCAAGGAAAGGGCAAAGAACAGGUUAAGAUCCGACAGUGAGAACGAUGGGUACGCUCCUGAUGGGGAAAUGAGUGACUCCGAGAGUGAGGCAUCGGAGAAGAAAUGUAUUCAUGCCAGCAGCACCAUCAGCAGGAGGACAGACAUCAUCAGGAGAAGCAUCUUGGCCUCUUGAUCAAACAGACGCUGUGGAAGCAUGUGGCUUGUUGCUGGCCAUGCUGAGAGGUCUGACACGGGGGCAAGCAAAAUCCCAUUAUUUCUGAGCUACACAAACGUAUUUCCUUGCAAUUCAGAUUGAAUUUUUCCAGAGUCAUUUAUAAAUCAUUGUUGUGAGAAGUUUGUGUUGUUUGCAACUUGUUGAACAAACAGAAGAGUAGAUUGUAACUACGAGACACUAAGAUUAGAACCUGAACACUAGAAAUGAAGCAACGUUAGAGGCCAGGCUUGAGAGGCACCGUGUAUUACUGCCCUCUACGUUUUUUUCCAAAGCACAAACUCUUGGAUACUCUGAGUACAGAAUCAGAUAGAAUUCUGUGUUAUGAAUAAAUUCUAUUUAUAGAAGCCUUCACUUACUAUUUAUAGCCCACAAAGCUUAUUUUCUAGGAAUGGUAAAUGCUGACAGCAUUUUGGCUCCCAGGCUGUUGGUAUGAGUAGCUGGGACUCAGAAGCUUCAGCAACACUGGGAUCUUGCACACGUGGCAUCCAGGGGAAGAGUUUACACAGCAGGCACUGAUGGAAGGCUGGAGGGACAGAUCGGAGCUGCUGUGUAGCAGGUCCUGAGGCCCCGAGUGGGCUGUGGACAUAGGGCGGGUGGAGAGGAUAUUGAAAAGGUUCUGUGAGAAAGGGCAGCUGAGGCCCAAGUGUUACUAGUCCUCUUGACCUUCCUCUUUUGUAGCUGCCGGUCCUUGGACCCAAUUGGGAUUUCCCUGGCUACUGCCAGUACUUGACCAUCUGGCUUCCAAUAAUACAAUGACUAUUCAAGUUCAAGUGAUGAACGUCAGACUCUGGUGACUCUGACUUCCCAGAGUCGACCAUUAUUACAUAUUUGGGGAAUCCAGGCUUCCAAAAUGAGCGGAUUCCUUAAGCAAAAAGGAAAAAGGAAAAAAACAAACAAAAAAAGGUAAAACAGGUUAUAUUUUAGAACAAUAGAAAGGCAAUAUGUUGCGUCAAGCUCUUAUGUUGACCAAGGCUAUACAGGAAAGUCAGUGUACCCUUGAAUAGGUUUUCUGGAGUUGGAGUUCUAAACUCUUAUUCGUAACUUGGACUUUCGAAUUGCAAUAACUAGUAAAUUUUCAGCAAUAAUAAAUUUAGCAUUAAAUUUGAGUACAAUGUUCUGUUUUUGCACUCAUGUAGUGCGUAUGUAUUCAGACAAGUGGAUAGUGUUAAAGUCCUGUUUUUUUCUUUGGCAUUCAAUGUAGUUGUGAAUCAAAUUUAAGAGAAGGAAAUAGCAAUGAGAUUUAGAUGUAAGGGCAUUUGGAAUAAGCCCAGUUUCCCCUAAAUCACCCUUAGUUUGUUAAUAUCAAUGUUCAGAUUCCUGAUUCAUUUAUGCAUCUGUUUCCAUGUGGCAGGGACAUUCUGAUAUUUAAGGAGCAAUGCUUUGAGUUUGUAGAAGCUUUCAAGUCUUCCAGAUGACAACAACAGAAAAGGCUUAUUGAAUUCCAUCUUGCUAUGCAAGUUUUAUCAGAUGAUCAAAUGACAGAUCUGAUGCAUCCACUGUAUGUACGACAUUUUCAAACCAAGUCUUAACUUCUCAAGUACAUUGUAGUAGCUAAUUCAGGGGCGGGGAAAAGAUGACCCAGGUUUUAGAUUGACUAUUUUUAAGCUGUGGAGCUCCUUUUGAGACUGCUGUCCCCAGAUGAGCUUGUUGCUACCGGUAUUUGAAGGUUCUUAGGAGUCCAAGUUAUACUUCGCUUGUAGCUUAAUUUGGAAAUUAUAUGUUUUGCAUAUAAGCAAAAACCUUUUACUGGAUCCAGGAAAAGGUUGGACUCUUAUCUAAUUAUCUUCUGAGUACAGCAACAGCACUGGGUGAGAAGAGAAUUUAUAGAGGAAUAAUUUGUGAAGCCAUAGAAAGAAAAUCUAAAUUAAUCUAGUGAGUGUAUCGCCUCUCACCACUUUAAGAGGCACCAGAUCCAUUUGCACUAUUAGGAAUGCUAGUUUUGUGCAAAAAUAAUGCCUUACCUGUUUUCCCCCACAUUUAGGUUGAAAAGCUUUCAAAUGUUCCAAGUUAUGCUGAACCAAAAAACAAAACAAAAUAAAAAAAUAAAAAAAAUUUCUCCCACAAAAACAAAACAAAAAAGAAAAGCCCACACUUUUUAUUACUGCUUUGAAAUGCAAAUGGUAUAGAGCACGGUUUCUGACAGUGUAACGAUAGCUUUGUAAGUUAGUUUCAUGUCAUGCUGGGAACUCUGUAUGAGGCGGCCAUGGCAGCCACAGCCCACCUACCCACUUGCAUUCUAUUAGUACAGAGCUUUUUGUUUGUUUGUUCUUUUUAAUCUUCCUUGUGCAUCCUGACCAAGAAAUACCUUUGAUUAUGAUCAAUGUAUUAUGUCAAAAUGUAGGCUAGUUAAAUUUUUGUAAAGUUGCCUGGAAUGUCAUUUGUUAGGUUAUAAACACAAAAUUUAAAUGAAGGGUUUUAUGUGUUGUGUACAAAUCUUAAUUAUUUUAAGACGGACAAACUUGUCAUUACAUUUGUAACCUUGUACAGAGGAUUUUUCACUAUGUGCCUAGCUUGGUGUCCAUUCAGCUAAAAUUGAAAAAAAAAAGGUGCAUGAAGAGUUAAAAUCAGAAGUUAAACAAAGUAUAUGUAGAGAUGACUAUUUUAUAUUACAUGGCCCAAUCCUGUAUUUAUUUCUACCCCCCUUUUUGAAAGUAUUUAUAAAACUAGUUGAAGACAGCUGUAUUUUUUUGUUGAACUAUUUAGUAGAAUUUGUGCCUUUUUGUCUGUAUGUGAAUAAAUGCUGUACAUUUUGCAAUACA